AUGUCUCUUACAAUAAACUUGCCUUUCUCGCAUUGGUAUUUUCAACUACAGACUAAUUUGCAACAACCGUGGUUAAAUCCCUUCACAAAUCUUUCUUCGCGAAGCCAAACCAAGAAUGAGAAGGAGGAUAAACCAAAGCAUUACAUUUCUUCUUGUGUUUCAUCAAUGACGAAUGUUCCGAAACCACGGCUAUGCCGAUUGAGAAAACGUGAUCCGACGGAAGAGUUUGGAUUUAAUUUACAUGCCGAAAAGAAUCGAGGCCAUUUUGUUGGAGCUGUUGAUAAAAAUGGUAUCGGUGAAAGGGCUGGUUUACAGAUGGGACAGAGAAUUGUGGGUGUUAAUGGUCAACUUAUUUAUCCAAGCACUGCUCACAAGGAAGUUGUGUCAUUAAUAAAAAAAAAUCCAUUACGAACCGAACUGCUGGUUGCAUCAGAAGAAAUUGACCAGUGGUACACUGAAAACCAUAUGGAGUAUUCAUUUGGUCGGGUAGAUUUGUAUAAUUUCGAGAAUGGUUCUUCUCCAACGAACGAAGUAAAGAUGUUUGGCGAGCAGUCUAUCAGUUCCAGUAAAAAUGUUUCACCGAAUUCAAAACCAAAAAUCACUGCAUCGGUAGCACCAUUAAAACAGGAAGCAGAUUUAUCUCAUCAAGAUGAAGCCGAGAGGUUCGGGAGAAACGACAAAAUGGAUAAAAGUGGAAUACCUGAUAUAUUUAAAUUGAGUGCAGGUGAGGCACGCAGUCGAUUGGUGAGUCGUAAGAAAGAUCCUCGACGUGACACUCAAAUGAGUUUGAAGGAGAAAUAUAAGCUAGUCUCCAACAUGUAA